UAUUCUGGACAAGUCAGUGUACUUGUACAAUGCAAUACUGCCUCACAUCUCAAUUUCAACUCGAAUACAAAAAAUAAUAAAAUCGACCAAAUUGAAAAGUUGAACGAAGAGAAAUUUCGCUGUAAAAAAAAUUUCGGUCUUUCAAGAAUUGCGAACUGAUUUAACAAGAAGCCAAAAUUGAAACCCUAAAAGGCCUGAGACUGUUUGGCAUCUGUAGAAGACAUGUCUCAAGACAUGCAAGACAAGGCCCCCUCCCCAGUGCACCUUGGUUGGACUACGAAGCCUCUAACUAAAGACAAAAAUAAAGAAAACAUCAAGGAUUCAAAAGACAGAAGAGCCGAAAAACGUUUGGCCUUUGGUCCCAGCAUGGAUGUGGACGAGAAGGUCAGAAAGAUGUACGAACCCAUGGGCUGCAUUCCAAAGCGCUUCGGGGAUGUCAAUAGCUCCAAUGCAGCUCCCAAUCACCAAAAAAUUAUUCAGAAAAUGGGUCAUGGUGACUCCGGGAUCUUCAGCAAGUCCAAGUUCUCGAUUUUUGAUGAGGACACCGAUGAGAAGGCCCUGAAAGGGAUCGAGGAGGAGAAAAAGCUCAGCCAGAAGUUCAUGGCGUCGUCGAUGGUGCUGGGUGAACAGGUGCCCGUAGGGAAGACCAAGGAGACUUUCAUCAGAGCCAAGGACUUCUUCGCGAAACAAGAGUCUUUUGGCAAGGAAGACAGCUCACUCGUGGAUAAGAGGAAGAGGGGCUUCAGACGAUUACCCAGACUUCACUCAGUCGAGGAAGCCAUGGGGACGUCACCGGGACGAACGGUACAAUCUCAGAGGGUUAAACAAAUAAUUCGGGAGUAUUUUGAGCCGACCAGACUCACACCCCAUGAUGUACCACCACCUUCACCGGAAAAGAUCAAAAUUGUCCACAAAACAAUUCAAGAUCACGAUGAAGAGGCAAGAAAACGUAGAAAACUUGAGGCUGGAAGGCAAGAUAAAAUGCAGAUGCCUUACCUGGAGGAUCUCAUGUACUUUGAGGAAGAAAAGGACAGAUUUCGGAUAUUCAUUCCAAAUUAUCGAGUGUUGAAUGCCAGUCCUGAUCAGAGACAAACUGUCGUCCAUUUUCUGCUCCGUGUGUGUAGUCACAAUGCCCUUCCCUCAAACAUGAUCUACCCGGUGGUCAGAAUUUUUGACGACAUGCUGCAGGCCUGCAGAAUUCCCCUCCAAAAUCUGCAACUUAUCGUAAUUUGCGCUCUCUGGAUUAUCAUGAAGAAGGACUACAUCGUCUAUCGUAUUCCCGGGGCUCAGAAGAUGGCCAAUUUUGCGGAUGGGCUCUACACUGAUACUGAUGUUCGAUAUGGGGAAAUUCAGAUAAUGCAGACCUUGAAAUUCCAGAUAAACUAUCCAGACCCUUUUUCGAUGCUAGUUUACUUCAUGCUAGCACCAGAUCACUCUGACUUCAUAGACGCGGAGCAGAGGGAAACAAUCUACUACUUCGGGGGUUACAUGCUGGACUUGGCUCUCCUCGACGAAGAGCUCAUGAAGACCUCUCCCAUCCUCCUAUCAGCUACCGUCGCUGAACUGGCGGCGACUCUCGUGAUGGAGCCCGAGAACACCCUUCACUGUACCCUCUUCAAACGCUGGCGUUCGGGAUACGCCUCCUCGAAGCUCCAGGACGAGGACAUCAACCACUGCCGUAUUUUGAUCAUCAGAAACAUCACUGAAUCCUGCUACCGCUCCUCCAAGAGUCACGUCGUCCACAAAAAGUACAGCAAGACGAGGUAUGGAUGUGUUUCCAAAAAGCUCAUUGGUAAAAUCCAGAAGUUAGUUCCACCAUUGAGUAUUAUGUAAUAACUACAGAAUUAUUAGGACAGAUUUAUGUCAAGUAUAAUUUUAAAAAAUCAGGGAAAAGAGGAAUUGAACCAAUUUUAUAACGUGGUACUUAUUUUUAUCAAUGUAACCGUAAUUAUUGUUCUUAUUGUUAAAUCUGUGUUGAUCAAAAUCAUAUUUAUUGUUUAUUGUUUUAUAUUUAUUAUACAUGAGAUUUUAGGCAACAAAAAAUCCUUUGAAUUGGAAAAUCAAGAGCAAAGAACAACUCAAUUGCUGUGUUGUCGAUAAGAAUUGAAAAUAAGGGGAUGUUAGGGAUAAUUGUAAUCGACAAAAUGUUGUUUUUUAAUAUAAAUGUUCUCAAGUAUGGAUUUAUUAUCUGAUGUGAUGUCAUAAUGAAAGCUGUGAAUCUACCCAAUGUUAUUAGCUAUUUAAGAGAUUAAUCGAAUGAAUUGAGAGCAUUGAAACUGAAAAAUAAAUGCUACAGUUCUUAUACUAGUAAAAA